CAAUUUCUCGAUAUAUUUUGGGGAAAUUUUCGUGUAAAAUGGAUUCCGGUCCAGCUCAGGAGGUGACUGAGUUGCUGAGAAAGUGGGAGGAAGAGCAUACGACGCCAAAUUACGAUCCCGUACACACUUUGGUUAGGAUAUCGGAAAUAAUAGAAGCUGAGACAGAAAACUUUAUGAAAAAGGACCCAGACCCAUUUGAUGAACGCCAUCCCUCACGGACCGAUCCAGAGUGUGCAUUGGGACAUGCUCUCAAAGUCAUGUUCAAGAAAGACAACUUUAUGACUAAGCUAGUAAACGACUACGUCCGAGACACUUUCUUCUCUCGUCAGAACAUCACAGGCCGCGAUGUGUUCAAGCUGAAUGUAGCCGCCUGCCGACUCACGCUUGACCUGAUGCCUGGACUCGAGAUGAGCGUCGUAUUUCAGGACAACGACGCCCUAAUUCAUCGUCUAGUGAACUGGGCGAUGACUGCUCCUGAACCCCUCAUGUGCUACGCGACCGGGCUGCUGGCAGCCGCUAUGGAGGUGCAGGAGAUUGCUACCAACUUCAGAGAUCUGAACUCCAUGCUGGUACCGCUAAUGUUAAGGAGGCUACACGAACUUAGGAAAAACAAAGAAGAUAGUCAAAACAGUCAAAACUCUGUAACGCCGCCGACGAGACAUUUCGCGAAUUUCAGUAAACGACACAGCGGGACCAAAUGCAACGGACCCACACCCGACAAAAGAGGCAUACCAAACGACCGCGAGAAGGACGAGGGCGGGGGGAGCGAUAUGCUGGUGGAGGUAACACCACCAGGCAAAGAUCCUGAGACUCCUGUUAAAAAUUAUAACUGUAACGCAAUGUCAUCCCCUGAGUGGGGAAUGAUGUCUCCCCCCUCCGCGCGGCCGCCGCCCGCGCCGGCGCCUGUGCAGGACCCCUCCUCCAACUCCAGCUGGGCCGAAAUGGAGACCUACGUCAUAGGCAAUAUUCAAAUUCAUCCCCCUACAGACGCUACCAAACAAAUGCUCAUAUUGCGGUAUCUCACACCAAUGGGCGAAUAUCAAGAGUUCCUAUCGCACGUGUUCGAACAAAACGCGCUAGGUCUCAUCUUAGGCUAUCUCAACGUCCGUGAAUCACGGGACUCUAGACUCGCCUUCGAAGCUCUUAAGUACUUAGCGGCGCUGCUGUGCCACAAGAAGUUCUCUAUUGACUUUAUCAACAUGGGGGGACUGCAGAAAUUUCUCGAAGUGCCCCGACCGUCGGUAGCGGCCACGGGUGUGUCGAUAUGUCUAUACUAUCUCGCAUACUGCGAGGACGCUAUGGAACGAGUGUGUUUGCUGCCGAGGAAAACGCUUGCAGAUUUAGUCAAAUAUGCCCUGUGGUUAUUGGAAUGUUCGCACGAUUCGGGCAGGUGUCACGCCACCAUGUUCUUCGGCCUCUCAUUCCAAUUCAGGGUGAUAUUAGAGGAGUUCGACAAUCAGGACGGCCUGCGAAAGCUGUACAACGUGAUAUCGACCCUGCCGAUCCUCGGCUCGGAUGAAGAGGAAUCUCGAGUGUCGGAGGACGAGACUUGUGCCGCGCGGCAGAUAGUGCGGCAUGUCUGUGUUGCCCUUAGGAGGUACCUAGAAGCCCAUUUACGGUUGCGAGCGACGCAAGUGGCGAGACAACAAGGAGACAUCGUGCCAGAGCCUCCGUCUUACAAAGCAUCCAAAUCGUCUCCAGAAGAGAUACAAGAGCAAAUUGAGCUUCUCCAAAGCGUUACGUGGUCGCGAUGGGCGCCAGUCGAUGAACUGGUGGAGCUGGGUGGCGUAUCUUUACUACUACAGGUCGUUGGGUACGCGUACGAGUGGAACUUCAAUGGCAGAUCCGAGACCGUGAGGUCGGCCCUCGACGUGGUGUCAGUGUGCUGCGUAGCCCCGAGGGUACAGCUUCUUCUCACAGACAAAAUCGACAUGCGGGACGCUGACCUCACUACUGGCAUCAAUAUCGUAUUAGAAAUGUUUACAGGAGCGGCCGACGGCGAGAUAGUACCAGAGCCCGAAGUUCAAAAGGCCGCGUUGAAUGUUCUUGUCAACUGCGUCUGCGCACCCGUUCAUAGAACAGGCACAUUGUCGUCGAGAUUCUCGCUAACGGGGUCAAGUAAAAAGAAAACUGCGCUCAAGUCCUACGAGGACGUCAUACAGAAGGUCUGGGAGAGCGUCCGGACCAACAACGGUAUAAUGGUUCUACUGUCUCUGAUGAUGGUAAAAGCACCAAUAACCGAUGCGGACCGAUUGCGCGGUCUGGCGUGCCGAGCUCUAGCCGGGUUGGCUCGCUGUCCCACUGUGCGACAGAUCAUAUCGAAACUACCACUGUUCACCACCUCGCAGAUACAAGUGCUAAUGCGCGAUCCGAUUCUACAAGAGAAGCGACAAGAGCACGUAAUGUUUCAGAAAUACGCUCUAGAAUUACUUGAACGCGUCUCUGGGAAGAGCAAACAUAUGGGAGCAGAGUUCGAGACUUCACUGGCUAAUAUACAUCGGGCAAACGUGGUGGCGCAGACGCGGAUCAACUACAACGAGCGGCAGCUGCUGCAGCUGGUGGCGGCGCACCUGGCGGCGCGCGGGCUGCCCGAGAGCGCGGCCACGCUGCAGCGCGAGGCCAGCCUGCCGCCGCCGCUGCCCGCCGCGCCCGCGCCGCCGCCGCCGCCCGUCUACGCGCCCUCCACGCCCGUACGGCCUCGUCUGUCUGUGUCCCGCACGAGCAGCACCGGCUCCCUCCACCGCGACAGUAUGGACAACCACCUCAACAUGAGCACAGAGGACAGUCCGUUGCCGUCGGUAAUUAAAAUAAGAAAAGUCCAACAGCCUCCACCAGUGUCUACGGUGCCAGUCCCCACCGUGGCGGAGCACAAACGGAGCCUCCAGAAGCAAAUGAGCAGUUGCACGAGCGGUGAACCCUUGCAGCCCCAACACAGGGUGACACUUCACACCAUCAUCACCGAAUACCUGUAUAACCAACACGCCUUGUGCAAGAACCCCGUUGUCACUUGCCCGCAGUUCAAUUUGUUUCAGCCUCACAAGUGUCCGGACCCCCGCGGCGCGUCAGCCGUGUGCGGCGCGGGCGAGGCCCUGAACCUGUGCGCACGCGUCGCCCGGCGCGAGCUGGGCUUCGGCUGCGGCGGGCGGCGCGCCGACUCGCGACUGGUGCACUCGCACUUCGCGCCCGUUCGCACGCUGCGCCUGCAGGACGACGACUCCUACUUCACCCACACCAUCUUCCACCCAACGCAACAACAACUGUUAGCAGCGACAUCUGCAGGCGACAUCAGAAUAUUCAACCUCUUUAGCGGCACCGAAGAGAAUUCAUAUCAGGUUCACGAGUCCUACAUAUACCAUAUGCAGGCGAGUAGAGAUGGAUUGCUGUUACUGGCAUCUGCGACGACGACGUGGCGGCCGCUCUCUGCCCUUUGGAACAUGAAGGAGUUUGAACAGCUAUUCCAACUAGACAACGAAGAAUACGUGGAGUUUUCAAAAAUGACCGACGAUCGCAUAAUAGGCACCAAAGGAGAAACGGCAACAAUCUUCGACACACGCACUGGGAGGGAACUAAUGACCCUCAGCCCCACCAUGAGUAACCAAUAUGCCAAGAAUAGAGCUACGUUUAAUCCUACGGACGAGUUGGUUUUAUCAGAUGGCGUUCUAUGGGAUGUAAAUACUGGUAAAGAAAUCCACAAGUUCGACAAGCUGAAUCAAACACACAGCGGUGUAUUCCACCCUAACGGCUUAGAAGUAAUAUCAAAUACAGAAGUAUGGGAUCUACGGACAUUCCAUCUACUACGGACAGUCCCUACAUUAGACAAAUCUGAGGUGAUCUUCAACCCUGCCUGCACAGCGCUUUACGCGUUCUGCCAAGAUCAGGACUCUGAAGAACGCAGCCAGUUCGACACCAGCUUCAAAACGCUCGAUCCGUACGAUUACUCUAGCACAGCAACAAUUGACGUGAAACGCAACAUUUACGCCCUGGGAGUGUGCUCGUCAGGCACUCAGAUCUCUCUUGUCGAGAACUUGGGCGAGUAUGACCAGAUGACAGAGUCCUAUGUGAAGGUGUACGACGUUGGCCGACGUAGGGAUCACGACGACGACGCGGAGGAUGAAGAAGAAGACGAUCUAGCUGGAGGAUCUGAAAACGACGACGAUGAUAACUCCGAUUCGGGAUCAGACAACGAUGACUUGGCGUCUAACCUUCUCCGCAACGCUGUGAUGGGCCUCGCGAGCGGCGGUAGCUCUGGAGAGUCGUCGCAAGAUGACGCCAAUGUGCGCCCGCGCAGACGGCGACGGCGGAACCGCAGACGGCAGCAACAGGAGAACGCAAGCAGCGACAGCGACGGCGUAAUGGACCUUGGCGAUAUCAUCGAGUUUGAGCUCGAUUAGGGAACAUAAGAAUAAAUGUGUUGAUCAGUAAAGUU